UCCAAGCAGAAACUAUAAAGGCUGGGAGUUUGGUUAAAGCAGCUGAACUGAAAAUGGACGAAUCCAUCCUCAAGGAUGUACGUGGAAAAGAUUGUGUCGCAAUUGAAGUGCGGUACCACAAACGGUGCUACAAAGAAUAUACAAGAUUUCUGGUGGCUACAACAAGUGAUGAAAGGAUGCCAAAAGCCUGGGAGUAUGCCACUGUGUACACAGAAUUUUGUGACAAAAUAAUUUGUGCACAGUUGAUUAAAAAACAGGAAAUCUUCAGGAUGAAAAAGCUCUCUUCCCUGUUCCAGAAAAUGAUACGAGAACACCAUGGUCAUGGAAGUUACAGAUCAGAUCUUCUGAAGAAAAGACUGAGGCAAGACUUUCCCCAACUAAAUUUCUACAAGCCUCCGAGGAAAAACCUGAGUGAAAUGGUUUUUACAGAAGCUACAGGACUUCUCAACAAGGGUUCAUCAACUGAAACUGAGUCAUCAGGAUCGCAAGAGACUUUGUCGAGUGGUGGAGAGACAGUUCAGGAAGGUCGUACAUAUGCAGCACAACGAGACCAUACCAGAACCAUUUAUAGUGCAGGUAUAAUUCUUAAACAAGCAGUUAAGAGUGCCCCUAAAAUGAGUGCCAAUUGGCCUCCUACAUCUGAGGAUCUAAAUAUUUCCUCAGCUAGAAAGAUUGUGCCAAUUGAACUGUAUAAUUUACUUGCUUGGUGCAUAGGUGUAAGUGAUGAGUUGACAUUAUCUAACAUGGUUAAUGUAUCGGAGGAGGUUGAUCUUCGUUUACUGUCAAUCUGCCAAGAUAUUAUUUAUUUAUCCUCAAAAGGUAGAAAUCAAACCCCAAAAUCUCUAACACUUGGUUUAACUCUGCGCCACUUGACAGGGUCAUUUCAGGUUGUAAAUAUGGUGAGUAAACUUGGUCACUGUGUCUCUUGGGAAUCUGUUGUCGGUUUUGAGACAAGUCUUGCUCAGCUUCAGUUGUCCAGAGAUUUGGAUCUCCCACAAGGGUUUGCCAGCUGA